ACGCCGCGCGGAGCGGAGUAGAGGAUGGAGCAAAGACCGAAAUAUCGAUUUUUAGGCCCCUACGCGGCGGUUCGUUCGAUGCUCGUAUCUGCCCCGUACCCCGUACGUCCUGUCCGCGCCAAGCGCCUUUCAAAACACCGACGACGCGCGCGAGCUACACCGCGCUCGUCCACGCAGCCUCGACGUUGCCGUCAAGUCAACCGUCGUCCUCUUCUCCUUGCCCUCCUUGUUGUUCGGAUUUAUCGUCGCGUAAAAUUGCGCGAUUCCAGUUGGACUGGAGUUAUAUACAAGUGGAUCGUUACCGGUGCGCCGAUGUUCUCAGAGAAGAUGGCCAUCGCCGCCUCGGAGAAUUAUCAGUUGAAAUGGCACAGCUACGGAGCGCAUCUGCACAGCUCCGUCGCGACUCUGCUCCACUCAGAAUCCUUCGCGGACGUUUUACUGGCCACGUCCUGCGGGCGGCACGUGGCGGCCCAUCGAUUCGUCCUCGCGGCCUGCUCGUCUUACCUCAGUCACAUUUUUCAAACGUGCCAUUUCGGCGCCAACACCAACGCUCCGAUAAUCGUGGUGUUGCCUACGGAGAUAGGAUACCGCACGUUAAAAAUCCUAAUACAGUACAUGUACAGUGGCGAAGCCACUGUGACCAACGAUCAGCUGGAAGGAGUCCUCAAGGCCGGCGACAUACUACGUGUGCGUGGACUCUGGAGAUCAAAUACCGGCAGCAGCAAGAAGGAGAACAUACAAUCGAAUAAUCAGAAAAUCGAACGCGACAAGCGGGAAACGUCGCAGCUGACCGGACAAAUACAAAAGAUCAAACUGGUACAACCGACCGCGGAGAAGGUAAUCGAAAAUGCGCAGCAGGCAGCCACGGCUUGCCAAAAUAAUAUACAGCCCGCAAAGUCGGUUGAGAGGAAGAGCACCGAGAAAAUCGAGGAUAAGACCAACGAAUCUGAGACCAAGAAAGUCUCGGAGGAGAAGAAUAACGAGCAGAGCAAGAACAAGGAAAACCUCGAGACAAACGGCAAAAAGAAGAAAGCCGUUAACAGCGACGUCGAGUCGAAUAAGUCCAAGAGCGAAGGUGGUGAAAACACUGAACUAAACUUGGAGUUGUUAGUAAAGGACGAGCCGAUCGAUUGGGAAGAAACGAUCGAUCCGUCGGAAUCACUCACGAUAGACCAUGAAAUCGAUAUCAAACCAGAGAUCGUACAUAGUGCGGAUGAGGAUGGAGAUAUGGAGGAGGAAGAGUAUACCCCACUGACAUGCGAUAUGUGCAGUCAAACGUUUAACAGACCGUCGGAUUGGGUGAGACAUAUAGAAUUCACGCACGCUGACAUGACUGAAAAUCGGAGAAAGAAACGAAAGGACGAUAUAAACGACGACAGCAAAGACUUUCCUCCUCUGAAGUGUGAUCUAUGUGGUAACAUGUAUUCCACGCCGCAAGAGUGGGUGCGUCACAUACAGACGGAACAUACGGAGGAGCAGUUGGCCUUGAUGAACAAUUCGGCGCCCCCUAAGCCGAAAAGGGUUCACAAUCACCAAAAGUUAUGCAACAUAUGUCAAAAAGAAUUCCCGAGUCACGCUUCGAUGGUCAUCCACCAAAGAACGCAUACGGGCGAAAAGCCUUUCCUUUGCUCUUAUUGUAAAAAAGGCUUCAAUGUAAAGAGCAACUUGCUGAGGCAUUUAAGGACACUGCAUGACAAAUACGUACAUCCUAGCUUAUACGGAAGUAAUGGUAGCACGAACGCUUAAAGACCCUUCACAUUUCUUUCCGACUAUAUAUAUAUAUGUGUGUGUGUGUGUGUGUGUGUGUGUGUGUGUAUACACACGUGUGUGUAUGUAUUGUCUGCAUGGCGUCUCAGUUGUGGAGAGACCAUACAGUAUCUUAUGUAUAUUCAAUAUUAUGACUACGUAGACUGAACGUGUAUCUAUACGUAUAAAAUGGAUGCCAAAUCGGAGCACGACAUGACGACAAACGAGUCAAGAUCUGUGUGAAUCUCCACCGAAAGAAAACAUAACUGAGCGCAUUUAAAAAAUUGCAUAUUGGAGAGAAAUCUAUACAAACUAUUUUUUCUAAAGAGUAGUUGUGUCGCAUUCUUUAUAUAUAAUAUUCUUUUUAAUAUAGAAAAUAAUAGAACUCCUCUCUCGUUAAACAACUUUCGAUUGGGUUGAAACAAGAAAGCAAUAUCAGGGUCUUAAUACCAAAGAGGCUGAUUAAAUAUUGCCAAAAUGUGUUAUUUGAAUAUUUUAAACCUCCUUUUUUUCCUUUUAAUGUAGUGCACAUAUAUAUAUAAAAGGGUUAACAGAUUUUUGUUCAAGAGCAAAGAGAGGACAAAUGAUGAAUGAUUUUACUAUUUAUAGAUAUCUCUGUCGAGGAAUGCUUGCGUGUAAAAUAUGAUUCUAUAGUAUAAAUCAAUAUAUUUAAUGAUUACUUAUUAACUUAAUUACUUAGAGUAAUUAUAGGAUAAAUCCAAAUUGUGUAAGAUUUAACUGUAUACUAUUUCUAGGCUAUUCCAUCCAUGAUAGCCCUCUUAUUCCUUCAGCUCGUAAGUUAAUUAUGUAUUUUUAUAUUAAAGUAGCGUAUACACACAAACAUAUAAGAAAUAAGGUACUUGCAUUAAGCAAAAUUUGAAAUUUCGGUCUAGG